UGAGCUGCAAUCGCAUUUAUUUCAAACUUCUGCUCCAGGAGAGGAGAACAACAGACACUUUCAUUGCAGCUCUGCCUGCCUGGCCAAAUGGAUCUAUUGUAAUUUUUCCUUUAACUUCAUUCUAGUGUUUGACCCUUGAGCUUUUUUUUAUUUAUUUUUUUUAAUACUACUUUGCUACUUUUAUUGAUAUUCUGCUACUUUAUCCAACUUGGAUGUGAGUAGACAGUAGUCACGGUUUUCUGCUUCAAGGUACAACUUGCUUGUAAGGUUUUUAAAGAAGUUGUGGGAUCAAGUGAAGCCGUAAGUGACUGUUUCUUUAAUCUAUAUUUAAUGAACAUGUCCCCUUUAGGGAGUUUUGGUGUUGCCCUGGUCAUCCUGGGGGUAUUAGCUACUUUGCCCAGAGCGCAAGGUGCGUCUUGUGAACCGGUCAGGAUUCCCAUGUGCAAGACCAUGCCCUGGAACAUGACCAAGAUGCCCAACCACCUGCACCACAGCACCCAGGCUAAUGCCAUCUUGGCAAUUGAACAGUUUGAGGGCUUGCUGGAGACAAAAUGCAGCCAGGACCUGCUCUUUUUUUUAUGUGCCAUGUAUGCACCCAUCUGCACCAUUGAUUUCCAGCAUGAACCAAUCAAGCCGUGUAAGUCAGUGUGCGAGAGAGCCAGGACCGGCUGUGAACCAAUACUGAUCAAGUAUCGCCAUAGCUGGCCAGAAAGCCUGGCCUGUGAGGAACUACCAGUCUAUGACAGAGGAGUCUGCAUCUCUCCAGAGGCCAUCAUCACAGUGGAGCAAGGAACAGAACCAAUGCAAGACUUCUCAAUGGACUCAAACAAUGGGAAUUGUGGUGGAGCUGUCAGUGAGCAUUGCAAAUGUAAGCCUAUGAAAGCCUCACAAAAGACUUACCUGAAAAGCAAUUACAACUAUGUAAUUCGAGCCAAAGUGAAAGAAGUGAAGGUGAGGUGCCACGAUGCCACUGCAGUGGUAGAGGUGAAAGAGAUUCUUAAGUCGUCGCUGGUGAACAUUCCAAAAGACACCAUCACCCUGUACACAAAUUCUGGUUGCUUGUGCCCAGAGCUGCUCGUCGGUGAAGAGUAUAUCAUCAUGGGUUAUGAAGACAAAGAGCGCGCCAGACUUCUGCUAGUGGAAGGUUCCUUGGCUGAAAAGUGGAGGGAUCGUCUUGCAAAAAAAGUUAAGCGCUGGGACCAGAAACUUCGUCGCCCUCGAAAAAGCAAGUCUCCUGUGGCACAAAAUGGCAAUAAAAACAGCAACUCAAGACAAAUGCAGAGCUAGACUAGCAGGAUGGUGUAUAUAAAACUCUGUGGACUUUUAUACAAAGAUUUGCAUUGGUGGAGCAGAAAAGAAGAAAUUGCACUAUUGCACGUUAUAACCUAUUGUUUACUACAAAAUAUUGUAGUUGAUUUUAGUUUUUUUUUUUUUCAUCUUUUAUAUUUGCACGGAUUACUAAGCAAUAGUUUAAUUCCACUUUCAUUAAUGUCAAAGUUGUUUGUUUAUCUAAGAAAUUAGCCUGAUGAAUGAGAAGCUUGGAGAUAAUUUAGGUAAAAAAAAUUCUGAUUUAAUGGGACUCACCUAUGAAAGUUUUUUAAGGGACUAUUUUGCCCAUAGAAACUACACAUUUCCCUUCAUGUCAUUUUCUUUCAGAGGAAGAAAACUAAUGACAACAAAAAUGGCUCUUCCAACAUUUAUUCACAUCUAAGGUCUAGGCCAUUUAGGGUCUCUUUAAUGUGUGUUUUUGGUUUCUUGGUGCAUGAGACUCCGAUGUUCUGGUGCAGGCAGAAGACACAGGCACACCAUCCAGCCCUGCUGCUGGCAGCCUGUAAAACUCUAUGAGAGAGCAAGACAGUUGCUGUGGCUGGACGGAGCUGGAAUGCUACCAACGUUUAGGACAGUAUAGGUCUAGGGAUGAAUGCCUAAAAUGUAAGCAGUCUGAUCAUUUAUCCCUGGGCAUAUGGCUAUGCUGCUGUAAGCAUUAGUACCAUUUAGUGCACCAUCCAGCCCUGUACAGCUGCAGCAACUGUCAGCUUCUCAUGGAGUUUUACAGGCUGAUGGCAGCAGGGCUGGAUGGUUCAUCUGAGCCUUCUGCCUGCAACCUAAAUGUCAGAGUCUCAUGCACCAGGGCUAAAUGCCCAGUGUAUAUGAGGCAUUAAGGUUUGCUGCGUUAAAGUGAUUGUAAAGGUAAAUUAUCUUUUUUUUUAAAUAAUAAACAUCUCUAUACUUGCCUGCUUUAUGCAAUUCUAUUGACCCCCAAACCCCCUCCACUUGGGUCCCCAGCCAGAGCUCAUGGGUCCUCCCCUAUGUCCAGUGCCCCCACAGGAAACCACUUCCCAUGGGGGCACUUGUGCAUGCUUGCUCCCGAGCCCUGCUACUGCAUCCAUUAAUAUAGACUUGGCCCUGCCCCUGCUCACUCGUUACUGGCUUUGAUUGACAGCAGUGCGAGCCAAUGGAUCUGGAAGUGAGGGGAAAGAGAAGCUGCAGAUGUGCACAGCGCUGGAUGGAAUGUAGGCUCUACUGAAAAUGCUUAGUCUGAUUUAACUGCACACUGUGAGCUUCUGGAGGAUGCCCAGCAUCAUUUAGCCAUUUCCUCCUCAGCUUGACCUCUCCCUGCCCUCCUUUUCAUUUAUUGGAUCGCGGUGCGAUCAAGAAUGCUCAACAUCAUAUGUUGGUGUUACCUAUGGCAUUCUGCAUGCAAAUGCAGCCUGGUGAGAAAAGCCCAUUCCACCUAUCAAAGCAAUUUAAUAUUUGCAUAACUUCUCCCAAGAGUCAGACCGUGAUGUUUUUUUAGAAAGCUAUGUACAGCACCCUGCCAGCCCCUCCCAUCAGCCAUGACCUGCCUGCAUUACAAGGAGAAGCACAGGGAUGCAGGGAUGACGUCACUAAAUCUAAAAUAAGGUACCUAAUGACAAAGUAGAGAAAAAAAUAUAUUAAUAUGUAGGCAGAUUAGGCUUUCAGCUUUAAUGAGUGUUUACUUACUAUAAGCCCUUGAGCUAAGGGUCUAGGCAAAUAAACAAGCAUGUUAUCUACACCAACCAAUAAAAUGUGUCCUUACACUUUUUAUCCUUCCUGAAAAAUGACUGACUGAAUCUGAAUGGUUGCUAUGGGCAAGACAGAUUUUUUUUUUU